CUAUGCCUGAUUUAGAGAAACGUCGAUCACAAAUUGUGCUCCAGAGAAGGGCUGCCAAGCCACGCCCGCUGUGAGACCUGGCGAAGGCACGUAGAAACGCGGACUAGGCCGCCAAAUUGUCGACAGCGUUUGCGCCAACCAGCUCGCCUCCUGGAGAACAGCGGGGAAGUGAACAGGCACCCCUUUUCCAUUUGACUGGUGCUCCUCUUCUUCGCCCCAUAAGGCCAGCCUAUCGGUCGAUCGCGUCAUCGACUAGUCUGCUCCAAUAAUUUUUUGAUGGGCCAUGGCCCGCCGCCCAGUGAACUCCGGAUUUGAAAAUUCCAGCUCAGCUGGCCCCUUCAUGUCGCUGCGCCCCGGCCCGACCGUUUCGCUCGCUAUCUGACCGGUGCACGACGAUGAUGUGGUUUCGCUUUCUGCUUGUGGCCCUGCUCUGGUCGCUCGGCUCGGCCACGAUCAUGGAGAAUGGCCAGCCCCGAGCCGAUCCUUACCCGGGCCAGUGUUCAACUAUCGAUCUGGAUAGCAGCUGGAGGAGUUACGAUGCCGAUGCACCUGAGAUCUCGUACAAGGGAAGGUGGGAUAGUAAACAUAUUUCAUGUGCAGCUCCGGGGCUCAAGUUACAGUUCUCAGGUAAAAAGCUUGCGCUGAGUUUCGGUGAACACACCAGCGAAGGAACGCUCGUCGCUUACCGAAUCGGAACGCUGGAUUGGCUCUUCACAAACGUUACCGCAGAUGCGACGUAUCAGUUCGUCGGGGAGGGAACACACUACGAGGAGUUACCCGGUGAUGGAGACCACAUUUUUGAGAUGAGAGUCCAGAUUGCUGGGGUGUCCGUUGAUGUCGAUGACCACCUCACGAAACCUCCGACUUUCAAGAAGAAAGUUGAAAUUAUUGGAGGAUCGUAUUGCCAGUUUGACCGGCGGUCAGUAUGCGACAUACGAGACGCUUUCAGCAUGGUCGUUUGUAUACGCGCAAGGGCUAGGAAAUGUCGAAUUUGGGAUCACAGCCUACCCUGGAGCAUGCCUGGUUGA